AUGGAUUUGGAUUGUCAAAACAUCUGUCACUUGUCAAAAAACUCUCACAAACAGGAAAAUGUGGUUCAGAAAUGUAUUCCAAUGUAUGAAUCAAAAAGGCUGAUGGGCGACCGUACUGUUCUAGGGAACUUGACCAACAAGCUACGGGACGAUUCCACACGACAGAUACGUAUCUGCUCUCAAUUCAAUCCAAUCAACAAAAAUAACGGAUUAUUAAACACAAAAGCUGAAUACUCAUCUUUAGAUUCAACUGCAUUGGGUCAUAGUGAUUUGAAUUCGAUAUCAAGUGCCGAUAGUGGUUAUGGCAGCUUAAACACUGAAUCAAUUGUUGCGGAAUCCAAGCUUACAUCAAAAUCAUUAACACAAUCGCUUUGUAAAUCGUUUAAUUCUGGAAAAAUACCAAUAUCCAAACGACCUCGAUGUAACGAAUAUGACUUGACUUCUCGGAUAGAAAUAUCUUGUAUUGAUGAAGAUUCAGAUGAUGACAGGCGACCAUUUGAAUCGAAGCUGGCCUGCGACAUUGUUCGAGCUGCAUUUGCUGAUCGUGUCCAGUUGGAAGAACUUUUGGCAGAAUGUAGGAGGGCCGAUUUCGCUAUCUCAGCUUUGGAUCGCUCUCCUGUUGAUCGCAUGAUGGAAGCUACUGACUAUAUUGUUGGAAUAAUGGCCUAUGAACAGACAAGAGAAGCAAAAGAAGAUUUUCAAGUGAGUGAUUUUUUGGCUGCUGGUAAACAACCUAAUCUCAAUGCUGAUAUGUUAACAACACUAGCCGAUUGGUUAGUUGAGGUCCAAGAAAAUUUUGCAUUGAAUCAUGAAACAAUACAUUUGGCUUGGGGCGUUUUGUAUGCAUUUUUAGAUCGUGGUCAACCACUUGCUCGCCGUGAGAUCCAAUUAAUGGCCUGUGCCGCAAUCAUGGUUGCUUGCAAACAUGAAGAACGGCAAAUGCCUCAUUUGAAUGAAUUUUUGUACAUAACAGAUAACGCGUAUACAAAAGAAGAAUUCAUUGAAGCUGAACGUCGUCUACUAAUUGCGAUUGAUUUUGCUGUACACCGUCCAAAUCCUUAUGUUUUUUUGCGUCGCUAUGCUAGGGUUUUAGAUGCACAUAGCGGGCCAGUUCAGUUCACAUCACGAUUUCUUCUAGAAGCUGGUAUGCACAGUUAUACCAUUAGUUUGAAACGUGAAUCACGCAAAGCUGCAGCUGUAUUAUGGCUGGCUCGAGUUGUUCUGCGUAAUCCUGCCUAUGCAGAUUGGACACGCAGAGCUGAUGUACAUCAACUCAGGCAGUUGAUACAAAACAAUCCUCUAGCUCAAGCAUACUAUGCACAUUGUCGAAGUCAAAACUCUCAGAUAACCAACAAUAAAGAUAAUGCACGAUCACGAUUAAACCAAAUUGUUACAUCUAAUGCAGAUUUACCGAAAUCACAUAAUGAUCUUUCUGCUACGAAUUCGUCUGACUUCGAAUGUUUCCAGACUAAAUUCACAGAAAAGACUCCUUACAGUUUGUCUACAACCUGUGAUAAUUCUGAUGAAUCAUCCAAUGAAGGAAAAUGCAUAAAUUUUUCAACACUUACGCGUGCACCUCAUUCUACACCGAGUAGUCACAGUCACAGUGUCUCAACCUCUGUGUUUGAUUCCGUCGCUGAAAACCAUAUAUUUGAUGGCCUAGAUCCUUCAAUCAAAUCUGAUCUCGAAGCACUGCGAUUAGAGGAAGAACAACGACAACCAUUAUGGCCUCCAAUUUUGGAGCAUAUAACGGGUUAUAAAGAGGCUAGUCUAAUUCCUCUUGCAUUACGUUACCAUGCAAUAGCUUUACGACUGAUAGCCGAAGUUGCUCGUGGUGGACGUUUGGCUGUUGGAAAUGCCAAUACAUCUGAUCAGCCUACCAAUCUAAGUAUAAAAAAAGAUGAUGAGAGUGUUCAAAUGAUUGAUGUUGAUGUGGAAGAUCCAUCUAAUCCGCAAACCUCACGUUGUGUCUCACCCGGAGGUCAUUAUUUGCGUCGCCAGUCUGUUACCAAAUAUUGUUCGAGUGCAUUUUUGAGUGUCGCUGAUGCUUAUCCUCAAUUAGCAUUUGACAAUUUUGUUCCAUAUUUUCCAUCUAUCCAGUGUGCAGAAACAUGUACAUGCUUUGUUUGUGCAAAUCUUAUUCGUCGUUCUAAUUAA